UAAUAUUGAAAGGGUUGUAGAUACAACUGUUCAUCUGUUAAUUUAUGAUACGUUGAAAACAAUCUUAACAAAAAAGCAUAAAAGUAUGAAUUUCCCAGUCACCCAUCCAUCAGAUAAUGGCCUGAUUUUCAUUAGAUAUAUCAGUUCUGAAUUUGCAUCUUUGAUAACCAAUCUACCAUGAGUAUGGGAACGAAUUCUUAAUAGGUGCGUUUGCAAAUGAUGGACAGUUCUGCUUAAUGUCAAAGAGGUUGAUUCAACAAUAGCAAAUGCUCAAGGCAUCUAAGAAAAAUGUAAGAAACAAAAUCUAAACAUUUUGUUUCAAAGACUACAAGCUUUAGUGACUUGUUUUAUAUUUAUUUUCAUUCAAUUGUAUUCCUUUUCUCUGAAAUAUGUUGGUUUUUUUUUUAUGUUUUAAUUGCAUGCAUCCCAGAGUCAUUGUGAAGGGAAGACUGUAAAUGCAGCUUAUGGAAGUAAGAGACGAAUCCAGACAUUGAGAGAUUUGCUUCAGGGGAGGACUCGCUUUCCAGGACUGUUCAGAAGGACUCUCCAGAUAUUGUGAUUUUCUGUGAAGAAUUUGAAAUGGCAACAGGGAAUAAUAAUGCUCAUAUACUAAAUAAUUGCGAUCCAGCUUCAUGGUCUGAAGUCGACCAGCCACUUUUAGACCAAAUGACAGAACAGUCACGGGAUACUUCCUGCUUGAAUGCUGCAGAGUGGCCACUGCGGCGUUAUGGCCGAUUUAUGCCUGGAGCUUUGGGCACUGCUUCAGGAUCUUGGAAGAUUUUGGAGUCAAACGAAGAAUCUGGCUUUCUUGUUCUCAGUAUAGUUAUUUCAGGCCAUUUCUUCAUUUCCAGAGGAAAAGAAGUACUGGAAGGAUUUUCAUUAAUUGGUGCUUCUCAGUGGUUAAAGGUAGUACGAAAAGCAGAUUGCAUGUUAGUUGGUUCAAAAUUAAAGAGCAAACAUCGUAUGUUUCGUAUACAAUUUAUUGGAGACUCCAAAACCGAGGCAGAAGAGCAUUGCCAUAACUGCAUGCAGAAACUAGCUGAGUAUAUUCCAAAUCAAGUGACAGAUGCAUUAACGCAGGAACUACACCAAAGCCACUCUCUGCUUCUCACUGAUGAAAGUCAACUGAAAGAUACAGAACAAAAUGUCCUAUUACAAGAUACUGUUGUAAACGUAUCUCCAACACAUGGAACAAUGUCUGUAGCAGAGCUAGCCCAGUGCGUGCUGAUACCAGAUAAUCAACUUCCUCUUGCAUAUCAAAAAUCCACAUGGAGUGCUGAAGAUUUAAGCAGCUUUAUUCGUUUGUGCCUGUUGGAUCAACACUUUCCAGCAUUUGUGGAAGAAGUAGAGAAACAGCUAAAAAAAAUUAUAGAUGGCUAGAAAGCAAAAUUAAAAUCAACCAUAAUAUUACUGUCAGUUUCUAUUUCUUACCUCUUUAAUUUGCCUUAAGAUUUGAAUAUGUGUUUAUCCUAUCCUUUAUAAGCCAAAGGGAUAUAUUAUGCUGUUUUCCAUUGUAAUAUGUACAUUAGUGUCUAAGCUGCACCUAAUUAUUUUAUAUACAAAUUAAUAUAUUAACAAUGAAUAUAAUUCAUUUGUUAUAUAUGAUUAGUCAUUCUGUCUAUGAUACAUGCACACAUAUUACAGACAUAUAUAUAUAUGUAUAUAUGAAUGUAUAUAUCUCCAAUAAUGUGUAACAGCUCAACUCUUUAUAUUUUUGAAGUAAUGAAUUCAAUUACUUCUACCAUUAUAAUGGCUUUAAAGCACUUCAUGAAAUAUGUUUGGAAUUGUUCAGCAUAAGAUUUACAUUAAAAAUACUUUCUCUGAAAAAAGGUGCAUUAGUUUUCCCAUUUGUAUUAGUUUGACGAAUGUUUAAAACAUUCAUCAAAACAUAAUUUGAAUGUUUAAAAUGUGUUAAGUUAGAAACUGAAGUUCUUUUUUUUAAUAAAAGUUAGUUUGAAACAUGUUAAACUGUUGAUCAUAUGAGGAAUAUAUUAAAAUUCAAAGUAAUAAAUCCAGUUUUGUCAGUU